GCGUGCUGGGGUAGAGUUUACAUGGGUCGGCGAAAUCUCUGCUUCGAGUUGAUUCCUGACACGAAGGCUCGGCGACGGAGCUUCGCGAGGAGAUGCAAAGGGCUGAGAAAGAAGGCCUCCGAGAUCCACAAGCUUUGCGACCUGGACGUCCUCGUCAUCAGCUUUUCGUCGGACGACGACAAGAUGGUGGCAUGGCCGGAGGAGCCGGAGGAGGUGCGACGCAUCGUGCACCGCUUCCUGAUCAUCGACAAGCGGCAAAGGGAGCGCUGGUCCAACAGCCUAGUGCAGGUCCUGGAAGAGCGGGUGAUGCAGAAGACGCGAGCGAAGAAGAUGCCUGAAGACUACGCGACGCGGGUCCAACGGCUCGACGGCCUGUCAAAGGAUAAGGUAGCAGACCUUCUCCAUGACAUCGACUGCCAGAUGUCACUCCUGAAGCUGAAGAUUAAGUUGUUGGCAGAGAAGAUGGUUGCAAGCCAACAACAGCUAGACGGUGGUUCUCAAACCCAGAUUCCUACUAACGACAGCGUUGACGAAGAAUAUAUGCAGCCUAAACAACCAUGCGAUCCGGCGGAAGAAGACCACUUCCAUGUCUCGGAGUACCUCGGUGUCGAUCUUGGGGGUGAUGCUGUUGCUUCUGAUCAUUAUGUUGCCGGUCCCCCUGCCGCCUCUUACAAUACCGUGGAGAUGGGGAUCGCGAAUUCAUUGUUACCUGUGCAGGACUUCAGUGACGGGCUUGACUGGUUUCCGUGGCCGCCAGCAGAUCAGGGUGGCUUGGAGCUUAUUGUCCAGCAAGCACUGCAAGGAAUUAAGGAUGCUAAAAAUUAGUGUGUGGGUGUCAUAUAUAUGACUUGGAAGGGGCAAUUUUGUUUGUCUGAGAUCCUUCAGGCGGUAUAGCUCUUUCCCGUCUUAACUACAAAUAAAUAUAUAGAGGGAGGGAUGCUGAGGCUUCAGAAGGGGUAGUUUUGUUCAAUACGCAACCUCCCUGCGUUAUUU